AUGUCUUCUUUAAGCGUUCUUACUUUGGGAGAAAAUCCAAAUGUUUUGCUUUACGCUUCGAGAUUUCAUUUAGCCAAUAGCGUUUUACUCUAUCAUGUUAGCACCUCUACGUCUAAUACUUUCGAACUCGACACAGUAUCUUACGGUAACAAUACAUUCGAGAUAACAAACCACUUUACUUCUAUCAGACAAAUGGUCGAAACUUCAGAUUCUCUGGUGUUCGACUUGAUUAUCCUCAGUGCCCCAUCCCUACAGGAUUUAUCAUCGCUGUCGACCGAAUUAACACCUCUAGUAAAUGUAAACACGAAGAUAUUUGUCGAAAGUAGUGGUUUCGUUCAGUUAGAGCCUUUUGUUAAGGUGUCUAUGAACGGUAAACAAUUGAAUAUAUUCAGCAUACUAACGGAUUUUGACAUCCGCCAAAUUGCGCCAAAUAGCUACAGGCAAUUUAAUCAUCAUGGUGGAAAGAAUACUCUUUUUCUGGGUGAAAGUAUAUCUAAAAGACAAAAUCCAGGUUCUUCAUAUGACAAUACUACAAAUGCUUUAUUAUCAACUUUUGAAAGAUUAUUUCAAAAAUUGUUUCCCUUCGAAAAUGUUGAACUUUGUCACCAAUCUCCCCUAGAAUUUCUUUCAAAAGAAUGGUCCAUUGCCAUUCCAAGAAUCUGUCUGGAUCCCUUAUUGAUAAUGUUUGAAGAAACAAAAUCAUCCAAGCUCGAUGAUCAAAUUUUGGCGAAACCAUUAAUCUCAGGUUUGAUCACCGAAGUCGUAACAGUGGCAAGAACGAUGGGAGCUACUCUUCAUGGUCAAGACAAUGAAAGUAAGAUACUUGCUGCAUGGCAAGAUUCUCAUUCAGAAGAAAUGCCACAGUUGGUCUAUCAUUAUGUGAAUAAUUCUGGCUCACUCAAUGUCGAUUUAUUACUGUUACAAGUCAUCCUCUUAGCCGAUGACCUCAAUAUCAAGACUCCAUAUUUGGAAUUUCUAUAUUCUGUUAUGUGUCAAUUGCAAAAUUUAACUUCUGGUAAGUCGAAAUGGUUCACAAGAAAAAAUACUGAUUCAGAUAAGCUUAAAUUAGAAAAUGCGUCUUUGAAGGAGCAGCUACUUAAAAUUAAUGAAAAAAAUAAUGAAAAUGAAAGUACUAUAUCAAAUUAUCAAAAAAGUGAUAUGAAUUUAAAGGCUAAACUACAGGAAUUAGAAAACUUUGUAAAUAAACUAAGCCAAGAAAAUGCAACUUCAAAACAGAACUAUCAAAAUGAAAAUGCAACUCUGAAACAAAGUUAUCAAAAUGAAAUUACAACUUUAAGAGCACAGUUGGAGGAUAUGAAGCUGAAACCAAGGGAGGAAGCUCCCGUAACAACAACCCCGCAACGUCCAAAGCAACAGCAGCAACAUUUACUACAAGACGAUUAUAAAGCAACUGGUACGCCGAAUUUGAGCGAUUUGCGUGACAUGGCUAUUUUUGGUGCGAACUAUGGUGAUGAUCCUGCAUAUCAAGAGCAAGCUCAGAAUACUACUAGUUCAAGUUUACAACAGGAACAACUAAAAAUCAUGAGUAGUCAAAAUGGAAGUAAACUUAGUAGCGCAAGCAGUAAUAUAAGCGAUGGUGAUACUUUCUUGAAAGAACGUGAAUUAGAGCUACGUAAAAAGGAGCUUGAAUUGCAGGAGCGUGAAUUGGAAUUCCAAAAGAGAGCACUAAUGAACCAACAGCAACAAGUAUAUGGUAAACAGUAUCCUCAUGUGAUGAAUGGCAACGGUCCUAUGCCUCAAAAAUAUCAUCAACAACUAAUAAACGGCAGUAUUCCUCCUCAACAACCUAUAUAUAACAAGCAACAACUUGCACAACAGCCUGCUGGUUACUCCCAGUCAAAUCAAAUGCCGGUUCUGAACAAUCGGAAGCCCUCAUUUAAUCAAUUGCAACAGCAAUCAUCUAAUAUGAAUUUACGGGGAAACAGGGCAAUGAUCGGGCCAGCAACUGGUUUCUCCCAACAAAUACCUUCUGCAGCCAAUAUUACAGAUCCCAUUUCCUCUUCUAUGCCAUACGUAAAUCAACCACAACCACAACCACAACAAAGUAUGAUGUCACAACCGUACCACCAGCACGCAAUAAAACCCACAAGUAGGAAAAAUAGAACCAGCACUAUGCCAGUAUUAGGAAAUGCAUCUAGUUCAGCUUUUCAGAACUAUGGUAGAAAUGUAUCGAACCCUACAUCGCUCAACAGCAUCCAGAACAAUAACCCAUCGAAUCAAAGUACAAAUCACUCCUCAAGGCCUGUACAACAGUUCAAUAGCAACGUGAAUAACUCUAGGAACGUGAGUGCGGGAACCCAGAAUACAAAUCCACCUGCACCAACGUACGGAAUGGCCUCUGCUAAAACUUUACCUCAAAUUAAUAUCGUUGAUUCUUCGCCACCAGUAAUCAAAUCACAGUCACAACCACAGAUGUUAUCUCAGGGGGUCAGACCAAUUGUAUUUGCCUCACAGCCUGGGCAGAAUGAAAAUAUACAACCAGUAGCAGAAGGACAACACCAUGACGAACCUCAUGAAGAACAUCACAAGAAAAAGAAAUUUAGCAUUUUCAAGAAGAAAUAG